AUGGGGCGUAUGCACAGCAGAGGGUUCGUUAUUUUCUUGUUAUCUGAACAAGCUCUUAAGGGUAUAUCGGCUUCGGCUCUUCCAUACAAGAGGACCCCUCCGAGCUGGUUAAAGAUCUCAACUCAGGAUGUUGAGGAGAACAUUUGCAAAUUUGCCAAGAAGGGUCUAACACCCUCUCAAAUUGGUGUCAUUCUGCGUGAUUCUCAUGGGAUUGCUCAGGUGAAGAGUGUUACCGGAAGCAAGAUAUUACGUAUACUGAAGGCACAUGGUCUUGCUCCUGAAAUACCUGAGGAUUUAUACCACCUCAUCAAGAAAGCUGUCUCAAUUAGGAAGCAUUUGGAAAGGAACAGGAAGGACAAGGAUUCUAAAUUUAGGCUGAUUCUGGUUGAGAGCAGAAUCCAUCGCCUUGCUCGUUACUACAAGAAGACAAAGAAGCUUCCACCAGUGUGGAAAUAUGAAUCUACCACCGCCAGCACCCUUGUGGCUUAG